AUGGGGAAGGACCAGGAACUGCUGCAGGCGGUGAAGACCGAGGACCUGCUCACCGUGCAGAAGCUGCUGCAAAGGCCCCGGCCGGGGAAAGCAAAGCUCCUCGGGUCGGCAAAGAAAGUGAAUGUCAACUUUCAGGAUACAGAUGGGUUUUCUGCGCUGCAUCAUGCUGCCCUUAAUGGGAACCUGGAGCUCAUCUCUCUGCUGCUGGAGUCACAGGCUGCUGUCGACAUCAGAGACCAGAAAGGUAUGCGGCCGCUGCACUACGCAGCCUGGCAGGGGAAGGCGGAGCCCAUGAAGAUGCUGCUGAAAUCAGGUUCGUCUGUCAACGGCCAAUCAGAUGAAGGACAAAUUCCUCUCCACUUGUCAGCACAGCACGGCCACUAUGAUGUGUCUGAGAUGCUGCUGCAGCACCAGUCCAACCCGUGCAUCGUGGAUAACGCAGGGAAAACCCCUCUGGACCUGGCCUGUGAGUUUGGCAGAGUUGGGGUGGUCCAGUUGUUGCUGUCUAGUAACAUGUGCGCUGCUUUGCUGGAGCCCAAAAAAGGAGACACCACCGACCCUAAUGGGACAUCCCCGCUACAUCUGGCUGCUAAGAAUGGACACAUAGACAUCAUUAGGCUGCUGAUCCAGGCUGGCAUCGACAUAAACAGGCAGACCAAAGCAGGCACUGCCUUGCACGAGGCUGCCCUCUGUGGAAAGACCGAGGCAGUGAGACUCCUGCUGGAGAGUGGCAUCAAUGCUACUGUGAGAAACACCUAUAGCCAGACUGCGUUGGACAUUGUCUACCAGUUCACUGCAACACAAGCCAGCAAAGAGAUCAAACAACUACUGAGGGAUGCAUCUGCAGCCCUUCAGGUUCGGGCUCUGAAGGAUUACUGCAACAACUAUGACCUGACCAGCCUCAACAUCAAAGCAGGAGAUGUCAUUACGGUUUUGGAGCAGCACCCCGACGGACGCUGGAAAGGCUGUAUCCAUGACAACCGAACAGGAAAUGACCGCGUGGGCUACUUUCCAUCCACUAUGGUAGAGGUCAUCAGCAAACGCACAGGUUUGGCCAGCACAGUCAUUUGCACUCAACAGUUUCAAAAGAUACCGCUGGUUCCUCCGGCGACGGUUGCCCCUGCCAACGCAGUAGUCAACGGCAACGACACCACGUUCCAUCAGAUCCAUAUCCUGCCUCCACCGCCUCCUCCUCCACCACAUUCCCAUCAGCCACUGCUUCCACUUUUCACUUCCUUUGGCUAUAACAGGUCGCCCGUGACAAGCCCACAGGGAGACACACCCACUGCCCCAGGUUGUCGCGGCUCAGAGGCAAGUCCUCACAGUUCUCCUACCACAUCCAGCGGGCCCCAUGGAGGCUCCAACGAAGAGAUCUGGGUACUGCGCAAGCCUGUGGCAGGUGGUGAUCGCAGCAGUGUGGGGAGCUCCGGCAGUGUAACCAGUGUGAGGUCAUCAGGCAGUGGUCAGAGUGCUGGCAGUGCUGCACACAUCCUUCAUGCACAGGCUGAGGGGGUUAAGCUUCUAGCCACCGUCUUGUCCCAAUCUGCCAAAGCUAAGGAGCACCUAAUGGAGCAAUCCAAGUCUGUGGAUCAACCUCCAGGCUCUGCCAGCUCCUCUCGGACAUCGAGCCAAUCGGGCUGUCCACUCCAUGAAGCGCCGCCUUAUGACGCCACAGCAACCAGGAAGGGGGAGGGUCCAGGCGAGGGGAAGAGCUCAGAGGCCGUUGUCCAAUGGCUGAGCGACUUUCAGCUGCAGGUCUACGCUCCAAACUUCCUGGGUGCUGGGUAUGACUUGCCCACCAUUAGCCGAAUGACCCCGGAGGAUCUGACCGCGAUUGGAAUAACUAAACCAGGUCACAGAAAGAAGAUUUCAUCAGAGAUUAACAAGCUAAGUGUAACAGAGUGGCUGCCUGACCAUAAACCUGCUAGCCUAGGAGAGUGGCUGUCCUCUAUUGGUCUAAGCCAGUACCACCAGGUGUUAGUGCAGAACGGUUACGAGAACAUCGACUUCAUCACGGACAUCACCUGGGAAGACCUGCAGGAAAUAGGCAUCACCAAACUGGGUCACCAGAAAAAGCUAAUGUUGGCAGUCAAGCGGCUGGCUGAAAUGCAGCGCAGUUCAGAUGGGCGGGGCUCCCUCAGAAAGAAGCCCCCGCCAAUCACGCAACAGCAGGAAGUCAUGUCAAUGGAUAGUCCGCCCCCAGAUGAGGUCAUGUCUCCAAAGAUGAGCACUUUCCAGGACAGCGAGCUGAGCACCGAGCUACAGAGUGCAAUGACCCAGCCGGGUCAGGAGAUCAAAGCUCAGCGAACGCGCAGUCUCAGCAAAGAUCAUGAUGAGGUGAUUACAGGGGGAGGAGGAGGUGGUGGUGGGCCACCUAAGAAGGAGGCCCGGACUAUGAGACAGCAGAGCAGCCAGGGAAGCACCUCCUCUCACAGAGGCAGCGUAUCUUCACAAGGCAAACAUCGUCACUCCCAUUCCCACUCACAGCCUGCGCCUCCCUACACACCCCCCCACACCCCUACCAAGACCAGGACCUCGUCCUCUUCUUCCACGUCCUCUGUCCAGAGUACAUCUUCCCCACAGGCCAAGCCCAAACCAUCCCCCCAGUUCAUCCAGGGAGAACGACCUCAGUCGCCACGUUCACAUCCCCCUCAGUCUCCAACCCAUCGUGGAGCCCCGUGUCAGCUUCAGCCCCAGCAACAGCAACCUCAAGUCCAGCCACAGCACCAGGCACACCCACACCCUCAACAUCACCCCCAGAUGCAAGUGAUGGAGGUUAGGGAGAGCCAGCAAACACAGGUCCCAGUCCUCUGUCUCCCACCAGAGCAAGUGUUAGCAGAGGAAGAAGGAGAAGAGAACUCAGCUCUCCAGAACAAACGCGCUCACACCCUCAACCGAUACGCCGUUUCAGAUAGUGAGUGUGAUGAGAGGGCAGGAGGAAGAGGAGGAGGUGGAGGAGAAGGAGGAACAGAGGUAGUAAGUCAGGGCUCAACCGUUGUGAGAGGGGAAGGAGGUAAAUACGCCACAGUGACCCAUCGCGUCAGCCGUAGCCACUCUGUACGCAAUCAGGAAAAGGGCGCCAACCGGAACCAGACCCAGUCAUUUGCUCUGCGUCAAAAGAAAAAAGGCCCACCCCCACCGCCACCCAAACGCUCUAGCUCUGCCAUCUCCACCUCCAACUCCAACCUGACAGAUGCCAACACACAGCAGAAUACGCUCACCACCACUGGGGGGCUGCUGGAUGUGCCUUACUACCAACAACGGCGGGCCAGCGACCUAGGGGUGUCUGUGGAGACAACUGCUGUGGAGACGAGCAGCGUGGGCAGUGUGAGGAGCAUUGCUGCCAUGUUAGAGAUGUCUUCUAUCGGGGGUGGAGCCAAAGGCAUGGCAUUACAGAAGAACUUUCUGCAGGUGGGGAAAACACGUGAUGCCAUUGGUCUGGAUGGUGAGGUGGUGAACCGGAGACGGACCAUCAGUGGCCCCGUCAGUGAGCUUGUGGCGGCUGCGAGGCGUGACCAGCCGACUCCUUUGACCUUCCCCUCUCCUUCCACCCAGCCUGAAUCCUCCCCCCCUCCCGUUAAUUCCUCCUCACCCCAACCUCCAUCCUCACCCCACCCCAGCUCAGGAGGAAGUGGCAGCUCUUCAGAGAAUCUGCCAUUUGCAGAGGAGGGAAGCCUGACCAUCCGCCGCCAAGGUCGAGGAGAAGGAGAAGGACAGUGUGUAUUUUGUGUAUGUCUGCAGGGUGACGGCGAGGGUCACCAGGGAGAUGGCAGUUACACUCAAGAGGACAUCUCGAGGGUUGAAGCUACAGCGACCUUAAAACGACGACCCCGCAGUUCCAAACCCCACACCAACGGCUCCGACUUCACCCUCCAAGAGUCGUCCACCGUCAAGCGACGGCCCAAGAGCCGCGACAAAGAGCCCGAGGGCUAUGCAGACCUGACUACGGCAAAUGGAGAGUCCGUGAACACUGGGCAGCCCAACACUACGCAGCCAGUCCCCUACCAGAACGGCACAGCCACCGUGAAACGCCGCCCGGUGUCUGACGCUGGUGUGAUGGAGCAACCGCAGCCUCAACCUCAACCUCAACCCCAACCUCAACCUCAACAUCAACCUCAAAUACAACCACAAGUGACUGCUGCUCCUCGCAGGGACAGUUUGGACCAAGGAGCCCCAGUGGCAAAUGAAGGAGGUCCAGUGAGGAAACCAAAGCCUCCAGUCUCUCCAAAACCUGUUGUGGCACAGAUAAAGAGACAGGGAGGACCUCAGACGCCCCCGCAGGCUGUAUCCAACAAGAGAGUACCCCUGCCAGGUCCAGGGACGCCUGGAAGUCCAGUGGAAGGAAAGAAGAUCCCUCCACCAGUUUCGCCCAAACCAGCGCCACCACCCACAGCGCCCAAACCAGCCAAGCUCAUCCACUCCAUCACUGGCCCCCCAUCACCGACCCCAACCUCUGCCCCAGCCAAGCAGCACUCUGCAGUGGCUCGACAGACCAGCUCACCACCCUCCUUCCCCCUGUCCAACACUCCCAGCCCACCAAACGCCAAACCGACGAGCCCUUCUUCCCAGAGCCCCCACACCCCACCGACACCCACCACGCCACAGACACCCCAGACACCCCAGACUCCCGCCACUCCCAGCCCGACCCCGCCUCCUGUCAAACCCCCACGAUCGUCCAUCGGUGGGGUGUCGGUGGACAGUGGGAUGUCGGGGGGCGGGGUCACGGUGCCGGCUACUACAACAGCUGACUUUGGCGUGGAUUCAUUGGUGCACCAGAAGUUGGAGGAGACGAGCGCUUCACUGGCUGCUGCUCUGCAGGCCGUGGAGGAUAAAAUACUACGACAGGAAGACUCUGUGGCUGAGCAGAAGACCACAGUUAGCAUCCUUGAUGACAUCGGCAGCAUGUUUGACGACCUUGCUGACCAGCUUGACGCCAUGUUGGAGUAACCACAGAAACCAGCCGGCGCGUCUCCUUAGCAACGCUGCAUCAAAUGCGACUCAGAUGGCACAAUGGGCAACAUGCCUCUCUAUCUCGCACCUUCUCCUCAUCCUUCUCUCUCUGCUGCGCUCAUCCCCUCCACACCUCCCUGUCAUCCGUCCAUUGCUCUGUGGCUGCUCCAUUUCCCUCCUCUUCCUCUCAUCCCCCGAUGAUGAUGGAGCAGCACCGCAGGCCCAGACAGACGUGGCGAGAGAGAGAGCAAGAAAGAGGAAUAGA